AUGCACGGGCGAGUGACGGACCCUUUCUUCGUCCUUUACUACCCUAUUCUGGGAGCUGUUGGAGUUCCAGGUAACUUGGUGACGAUUGGGAUCCUGUUCCGCGGAAGAUGCGGUCUCUCCCGUUGCAUCACUUGGUAUUUACUAUCGAUGGCGCUGACCGAUCUUCUGGUCCUCAUGACGGCGGUGAUUUUGAACCGGACCACCACCAUUUAUUUCCCUGCCUCCUUCCUCUCUAUCACUCCAGUCUGUAGCGUCAAAGUCGCUCUGUCCUACGCGGUCAGGGACAGCUCCGUCUGGUUAACGGUCGCGUUCACUUUCAAUCGAUUCGUCGUCAUUAGUUGCCAAAAGCUGAGACAAAAAUACUGCACGGAGAGAAUGGCGGUUGUUGUAAUAGCGUCAGUCUGCAUUGUGAGCUUUGUGAGAAAUAUACCGACUUACUUCGAAUUUCGACCUUUAUAUAUGGACGACGGUGUUCCUUGGUACUGCAUGAUCAAGUCAAGUUACUACACUGAUCCUUUUUGGAAAAUGUUUGAUACUCUCGACCAGAUUAUUAACCCCUGUGCCCCCUUCGUCCUGCUGUUACUGCUCAACCUUCUGACGGUCAGGGAUAUCCUGGCGGCCAACAGAGCCCGCAAGAGGCUCCGGGUCCAGAGUCACGGGGAGCAUAAGAGAGACCCCGAGAUGGUGAACCGUAAGAAAUCCAUCAUUUUGCUCUUCAGUAUUUCAGGAAAUUUCAUCGUGCUCUGGGCCACACACGUUGUCAAUUUCUUGUCCGUUAAAAUAAGCAAACGUAGUUAUGCAUCGGGGUCGAUUCUGCAAGAAAGCGCGAACGCGUUGCUGCUUCUCAGCUGUUGCACCAACACGUGUAUUUACGCGGGGACUCAGAAGAAAUUCAGAGAGGAAUUCAGAAAUGCAAUAACAUACCCAUUGAGAGUGAUUAAAGUACUAAGAGAUGGAACCACCCGAUUUAAUUGCAAAUUUUGA